AUGGAAAGCGGUCACAAUGCCCAAGUAGCUCAAGGAGUGCAAGCGCGUGAGCGACGAAGGUCGUCGAUCUCGCUGGCUAUCCCAGUCUGCGCUCACCAGAUGACUGCAUCAGUUGAGAUACGUAACGACGAGGUGGAGUUUGAGGCGCACGGCGUAAAGAUCAGCCACGAGGGCCUGUUCAUCGAAGGCACCAACGUCAGCGAGAUACACCAGGACGAUUUGCGCGUGCUCCGCGAGCUCGGUCGUGGGGCCUGUUCAGUGGUCAAACAGGCUCAGCACGUGGAGACGCGAGAGCUGUACGCCAUCAAGGUGUUCAGCGUGUUCGACAAGGACAAGCGCUCGCAGCUCCUGAAGGAGGUGGAGACGCUGUCCAGCAUGGAGUGCCCGAGCCUUAUCAACUUGGACGGCAGCAUUCACGUGGUGCUCGAGUACAUGGACCGCGGCAGCUUGUCGGACGUGAUCCAUGGCUGGCGCGGAAUGGACUACGGGGAGGACCUCAUGGCCGCCAUCACACUUCAGAUACUCUGGGGGCUGGGCUACCUUCACUACGAGCACCACGUUCACAGAGACGUCAAGCCCCAAAACGUGCUGCUGAACAGCCACGGGGAGGUGAAGCUGAGCGACUUCGGGAUUGCGCGUGAGCUGCAGGGAGAGAUGGACCUAGCGCAGACGAUGGUCGGGACGAUACGGUAUAUGUCGCCCGAAAGGCUUGCGGGUGAUGGGUACGGCGUGGCGGCUGACGUGUGGUCCCUGGGGGUGCUGCUGCUCGAGAUGGCGGCGCGAAGGCUGCCGUUUGAGAGCGCCGUUUCGCAGAUUGAACUCCACGACAGAUUGCAGCAAGACCUAGCGGUGGACGACCUGAUCAAGCUCGUCCCCGGACACUCGCCACAGUUCGAGCAGGUGCUGCGGGGGUGCCUCCAGCCCAUCCCCGAAGAACGCCUCACGCCGGCAGAGCUCCUCGAGCUCGACUGGUUCCUACGCUUCCGCGAGCCCCAGCCGCCGGUGGUCUCGGAAGAAAGCGGGGGCGGGGGGACUGGGGGAGAAAGAUCAUCCGCUGGAGGGACGGGAGGCGGCGGGAUUAGCGAGGGGGGUGGGGACGGCGGCGGGGAACUCCAACCGGUACGGGGAGAUGUCGCCGAAGCUGGCGAGGAAGAAGAGGCCGACGGGCACUCGGACCUAGACCUGGCGGCUCAUGUGGUGCGGGAGUUCAUGGUGAGGGCCGUGGAGAGCGGGGAGCUGGUAGGAGAGGUCAACGGAGGAGGAAGAGGAGGAGGAGGAGGAGGGCUUUCCCAGCAGAGGGAGGAGCAGCAUCGGCGGGGCUCUUCGGGUGGCGGCAUGAUCCAGACGAUGCGAAGUGACGGCGACCUGAGCGACUCGGACGGCCAGAGCCAGGGGGAGUUCGGGUCGGACCCCAAAGAAGACUUCGGCGGGUUCGCGGGUUUCCACCGGGAAGGGCAGGAUGCGCUGGAGCACACGGGGUAG